AUAUAGCAUAACUAUUAUCCAUUAUUCAAAGUUUCCAUUAUUUAAAGUUUCAACAAAUAGGAUCAGAUGAGCGCGGUUUAAAAAAAAUGUAAAACAGGUCUAAAGUAGAUAAAAAACAAAUGACAAACCACACCGACAUGGCGACAGUAAACUCCCACAACCGCAAAUACACAGUACGUUUUUUGUGAAAAUGCCCUAAAGACCGCUUGAUGACUGACAGGGAAUGUAUCCAAUCACUUCCUUCCUAAGUCACAAGGCCAGAGCGCAAGGCAGCAGCAGAGCGUGCCGACAACAGGGGGAUGAUCCGCGGACAAACGAUGUUUUUCAUACACCGAAAUGUUUCUCUGCCAGAAGAUUCACGAUUUUAAAUGCGUACCGUCAAAUCAGUGCAUUAUUCACUUAUAGCCGGAACGGAGAGUGCAUUGUUGCUUCUGCGGAGCUUUGUGACUACCUCACGAGGGAUUGUCCAACGACAGUAGAUGAGAGUAGCCAUGGAUGACCAGCAGGAGGACCCAGAGGGAAUGUACGACGUGCAGCACCAGUACAUGUGCAGCGAGUGCCACCAGCUCUUCAACACCCUAGAAGAAGUGCUGAUGCACCAGCAGAUCCACACAGGGCAGGAGGGAGAAGAGGGGGAGGCUGGGGAGGCCAUGGCCAUCCAGGGCAUCUCAGAGUACGGGGACAGCCAGUACCAGUGCCUGGAGUGUGGUGCCCUCCUCAGGAACCCAGAUGAACUGCUACUGCACCAGGAGCUGCACAUGAGAGAGGCAGGGUUGGAGACAGAGGACCAUGAACUGUGUGAGGUGUUGGAGACAGACGAGGCAGGGACAGAGGGCCAGGUGUCGGGGCCUGUCCAGUACCAGUGCCUAGACUGCCUGGCCCUGUUUGACUCUCCAGAGGUGUGGCUGGCCCACAGACAGACCCACAGCAAGAGCAGCACGCACAGUGCCACAGAGACUGAGUAUGUGUUGCAGCCCGAUGGUACUGUGACACCCUUGGUCAGUGUUCAGAACUUUGUCUUGAGUGAACAACAAGCUGGGGAGAUCUUAGCACAGGUCCUGGCCCAACAACAACAACAUCAGUCUGCCCCCCAGCCCUCGACCCCCUCCCGGGCCACCUUCCCACCCCCCGUCUCCCCCUUCCCGGCUCGGCCACCAUGCGUCUCCAGAUCUGCAGUGCCCAGGCCCUGGCCGGGCUCCAGUACCCCCGGCCUACGGCGCGCCAAGCUGCUGCCCCCUCUGCUCACUCCUCUAGGGGUGGGCUCGGUAGGAAAGCUGGGGGUUCCAGAGAACGGCUUCCAGAGACUGGAGGUGGCGCUGUCUGCUGUCCGGGAGGAGAAAGAGCAGCAGGGGGAGGUGGUGAUCUUCCACCCCUAUGAGUGCUCUGAGUGUGCCCUCCUCUUCCAGACCCCAGAGGACUUCCUGCAACACCAGGGGGAGCACUUCCUGGCCCAGGAGAAGGAGAGCGGUGAGGACGGGGUGAUGAUGGGAUACGAGGGGGACAGAGGGAGGGAGGAGGAGAGAGAGGAGGAGAAUGGUGGGAGGGUGGCAGAGGAGAGGGGGAAGGGAAGGGGGAGACGCGCCCUGGCUAAAAGAUCUAGAAACACACCCCUAUGCCUGCACUGCAGCCAAUGCCAGCGUACCUUCACGUCAGCCAAUCGGCUGGCGGCACACAGGCGCGUGCACGAGCAUGGCACAUACGAGUGUCGGGAGUGCGACAAGGUGUUUAAGAAGGCGAUGUCACUGCAGACACACAUGCGCUCUCACUCCGGGGAGGCUCGGUAUCUGUGUGUGGACUGUGGUCACGGCUUCAACACAGAGAUGACUCUCAUCAUACACAGGAAGUCUCACACAGCAGAGCCGCUCCACAGGUGUGAACACUGUGCCAAGACCUUCACCAAUAUGACCAAGUUCCUGUACCACCGUAGAACACACACCAAAACAGCCACCACUACACCUACCCCUGUCGUCCUGGUCCCAGCGGCCCCCAGGAGGAUGUCCCUGUCAGCCCUGUCCAUCCUUCAGAGAGCCCGGGCCCUGAGGGAGAGGGGUGAGGGCAGCCCCAUGGAGGGUGACGAGGAGAACCUGAUGGCCCCCCUUACUGAGGCUGAGAUGGAGAUAGGCGAGUCAGGGGAGGACACUGCCUCCAGCUCCCUGAGCAGGGCAGAGGGAGGAAAGGAGAACAUGGUGGAUGUGGAGGGGACACCAGGGGGCAGUGGAGAGUCCCAACCGGGAGAACAUACUGCUGAUCCUGGUUCCUCUACUGACCCUAACCCCUCUGGUCCAGCUGGCCCCCGGGGAGCGUUCCCCUGCCCCUCCUGCCCUCAGGCUUUCCCCUCUCUGCUCCGCCUGGUCAAACACCGCCAUACGGCCCACGUCUCCGAGCGACACUUCAAGUGCUCCGUGUGCACCAAGACCUUCAAGAAGCAUAUGCACCUACGUAACCACCUGCGCACACACACCGGCGAGCGGCCCUUCCAGUGCUCAGACUGCGGAAAGACCUUCUCGUCCCUGGCCAACCUGUCUCGCCACAACCUCACCCACUCUGGCGUGCGCCCCUACCGCUGCGACAUCUGCCACCGGACAUUCACCCAGUCAUCCAACCUCCGGCAGCACCGCCUACUCCAUGCCAACCUCCCUCCCUGUCCCUGCCCGGACUGCCCCGCCACCUUCGUACGGCCGGCCAAGCUAGCCCCCACCGCUACACUGUUCACCCGGGGGCCCCGGCCCCGUUCUCCUGCCCCCAAUGCCAGGCUGGUUUCCUGCACAGGAGGAAGAGAGACCGCCACUGUCAGGAGGUCCACCCCACUGAGGCCCAGGAAGACAGAGAGGGAGGGUUAGAGCCAGCCCCAAGUGUGCCCUGACGGGGAGCUCCUCUCAGAGCCCUCCACCUCAGAAGACACCGGGACCACCAGCAUCAUGAGAGGGGGCCUGGACUGCACUGUGUGUGGGAAGAAGCUCAACUCUGCAGCCAACUGGCGUCUGCAUCAGCUGAGCCACGGCCUGGUUCCUGGUCGGUCCUGUGGUGGUGCAGUGGCCAGGGGUAAAUCCCACCAGUGCCUAACCUGCGGUAAGCUGUUUGUCUCCUCCUCUGGCGUGACCUUGCAUCAGCGCAUCCACACAGGAGAGCGCCCCUUCCCCUGCAACCUGUGUGGCAAGCGCUUCCGGCAGAACACGCACCUGCGAGAGCACCUGCGCACGCACACAGGGGAGCGGCCGUUCCGCUGCGAAAUAUGUGACAAGGGCUUUGUCCAGAGCAUGCACCUGGCGGAGCACCGGCGUACGCACACGGGGGAGCGCCCCCACGCCUGUCUGGUGUGCGGCAAGGCCUUCAAGUCCUUCUCCAAUCUGCGGAACCACAGGAAGACCCACGCACGCCAGCAGAGGCAGGAGGAGGUGGCCGCAGCACAGGUUGCCAUGGAGACCAGCGCCGCCGUGGCGCUAGUGGAGGCAUCCCAGAUGGAACUGGCCAAUGGGCAGCCUCAGCUGUUCCACAUACAGACGUCGACCCUACAGCAGACCCAAGGUACUCCCACCAUCAUGUGUAAUGAGUUUGGGGAGACCAUCGCCAUCAUAGAGACCAGUGAGGGAGGAACCCUACCCCUGGCUGAGGCUAUAGAGAUCUACCACACAGCCCUGGAGAACAGUCUGGGGAUGGACUCCAUCUCUGUAGACAGUCUACAGCUCAUCUAAAGGCCAGACAGAGACAACUCAGAACCAUGACCGGACCAUCAGAUAACCCUCACACGACAAUCUAGAUAUUCUGAGGGUCAAAGAGACACGACUCAGAACUAUCACAGACCUGUCAUAGAACCAUCACACAAGCCUCAAAGAUGUAUCUACAGCUACUGAGAGCCAGUGAGAGGCUCAACUAUUGGAGAACCAUGACAGAACUACCUGUGUGGGCUGUGGGAGUGUACUGACUCUUGACUGGCAGAGAGCAUGUUUUACUGACUGUUAUCCUAUUGGGGUGAAUGUAUGGGGAGCAGUAGAAUAUUAAACUGGGAUCGAGUGAACUACAGGAGUGUAGGAACACUGGUCUGGUUUUCAUUGUUGAGUACAAAAAUGAUUGUCUACAAUUGCAGCAGGCAGGACAACAGUAGGUGUUCAUUCACUCCUCCAGACCAAAUGUGUUACGAUCUCAUGUUCAGAAAGACAGGGCAGAGCCGGUCAGUGACGGUGGAGAGGUAGUUGUGACAGAGGGCCAUUUCCUGUGUUUGUCAUGUUCUUGACUGCCCGUGGAUGUUCAUUCAGUGCUUGUCUGUAAUAUGUGAUUUUUACUUUGAAAACAAUGACUGUUUCUCUUUUUGCUGUAAAUAGAUAAAUUAAUGAUUAAAUGAUAUUUGAUAAUA